CACCGCCAGCGUCAUCAGCCGAACAGGUGGACGAUCAGGAUUGGCUGGACCCGCCGUCGCUGCUGUCGAAGCAAUCCCUCCCACCACCAGCAGCACGAGCAGAAGCAGCUGGAACGGGGGAGGUGCAGCCAGCAGGGCUGGUGGCUGGGGUAAAGGAGAUUCUGCAACGCCUGCUGGACGUGGGGUUUCUGCAGGCCUACACCGUGGAGUGGGUGGAAGCAGCAGGCGGUGGGGCAGAGUGGGACAAGGAUCGCCGCGGCAGCAUGCAAGUGAAGGUGCAGGGGCCGGCCAAUCUGGAUGGGGCAGUGCUGCUGCUAGCCGAGUGUAAUUAUGCUCAGCGCUACUCCUCCUCCAUCAUCCGAGCCUUCUUUGAGCGAAUGGGGGUGCAGGCUGACGUGGACGAAUACUUCUACAGGGAGAAACUCAAUUACAAGCCCAAGUCGCUUCUCGAGCAGGCAGUCCUGUCACUUGGUGACCCUCUUGUGCCAGUGGUGAAUCAGAAACCCAACCAUCGCGAAGCUUCUCGCCGUCGCGCCGCCGCGAUCGCUAAUCCCGCGCGUCUCCCCGUGUUCCCCGGCCGUCUCCUCUCUUCUCCUGUCGUCAUGAAGCGCUACGAGCAGCGGCGGUCUGGCCUGUGUGGCCUCGCCGCACUCGUCGCGGGUCUCGUCGUCGCCAUCAGCUUCCUCGCGACCCACGCCAGCGCCGAUGACGUUCGUGACCUCCACUUCGCGACCCACGCCAGCGCUGAUGACGAUGGUGAGUGGGCUGACCGACUGGCACCCACCAUGGCACCCACCAUGGCACCCACCAUGGCACCCACCAUGGCACCCACCAUGGCACCCACCAUGGCACCCACCAUGGCACCCACCAUGGCACCCACCAUGGCACCCACCAUGGCACCCACCAUGGCACCCACCAUGGCACCCACCAUGCUGUUCACUCUUGCUAUUGUUGAGGUGCCUCCCAAGAUUGCCUCAAAAACUCGCGACUCAAGCCAGCGCGUUUCGAUCAGGUUCCUCGUGACCCACGCCAGCGCUGUGGUUCCUGGCGGUGAGUGGACUGUGGUGUUCACUCUUGCUUCUCGCCCUCUUGCUUCUCACCCUCUUGCUUCUCGCCCUCUUGCUUCUCGCCCUCUUGCUUCUCGCCCUCUUGCUUCUCGCCCUCUUGCUUCUCGCCCUCUUGCUUCUCGCCCUCUUGCUUCUCGCCCUCUUGCUUCUCGCCCUCUUGCUUCUCGCCCUCUUGCUUCUCGCCCUCUUGCUUCUCGCCCUCUUGCUUCUCGCCCUCUUGCUUCUCGCCCUCUUGCUUCUCGCCCUCUUGCUUCUCGCCCUCUUGCUUCUCGCCCUCUUGCUUCUCGCCCUCUUGCUUCUCGCCCUCUUGCUUCUCGCCCUCUUGCUUCUCGCCCUCUUGCUUCUCGCCCUCUUGCUUCUCGCCCUCUUGCUUCUCGCCCUCUUGCUUCUCGCCCUCUUGCUUCUCGCCCUCUUGCUUCUCGCCCUCUUGCUUCUCGCCCUCUUGCUUCUCGCCCUCUUGCUUCUCGCCCUCUUGCUUCUCGCCCUCUUGCUUCUCGCCCUCUUGCUUCUCGCCCUCUUGCUUCUCGCCCUCUUGCUUCUCGCCCUCUUGCUUCUCGCCCUCUUGCUUCUCGCCCUCUUGAUUUCCACACGGAAACCCGAUUCGCAUGGUGGGUGCCGUUUUGGGUGAGCAUCCAGAGAGUGGGUGGGGCAGUGGGUGGGAGCAGGAGUGGGGAUGAGCGGUGGAGUGGGGAUGAGCGGUGGAGUGGGGAUGAGCGGUGGAGUGGGGAUGAGCGGUGGAGUGGGGAUGAGCGGUGGAGUGGGGAUGAGCGGUGGAGUGGGGAUGAGCGGUGGAGUGUGGAUGAGCGGUGGAGUGGGGAUGAGCGGUGGAGUGUGGAUGAGCGGUGGAGUGUGGAUGAGCGGUGGAGUGGGGAUGAGCGGUGGAGUGUGGAUGAGCGGUGGAGUGUGGAUGAGCGGUGGAGUGUGGAUGAGCGGUGGAGUGUGGAUGAGCGGUGGAGUGGGGAUGAGCGGUGGAGUGUGGAUGAGCGGUGGAGUGGGGAUGAGCGGUGGAGUGUGGAUGAGCGGUGGAGUGGGGAUGAGCGGUGGAGUGGGGAUGAGCGGUGGAGUGUGGAUGAGCGGUGGAGUGUGGAUGAGCGGUGGAGUGGGGAUGAGCGGUGGAGUGGGGAUGAGCGGUGGAGUGUGGAUGAGCGGUGGAGUGUGGAUGAGCGGUGGAGUGUGGAUGAGCGGUGGAGUGUGGAUGAGCGGUGGAGUGUGGAUGAGCGGUGGAGUGUGGAUGAGCGGUGGAGUGUGGAUGAGCGGUGGAGUGGGGAUGAGCGGUGGAGUGGGGAUGAGCGGUGGAGUGGGGAUGAGCGGUGGAGUGGGGAUGAGCGGUGGAGUGUGGAUGAGCGGUGGAGUGUGGAUGAGCGGUGGAGUGUGGAUGAGCGGUGGAGUGGGGAUGAGCGGUGGAGUGGGGAUGAGCGGUGGAGUGUGGAUGAGCGGUGGAGUGUGGAUGAGCGGUGGAGUGUGGAUGAGCGGUGGAGUGUGGAUGAGCGGUGGAGUGUGGAUGAGCGGUGGAGUGGGGAUGAGCGGUGGAGUGUGGAUGAGCGGUGGAGUGUGGAUGAGCGGUGGAGUGUGGAUGAGCGGUGGAGUGGGGAUGAGCGGUGGAGUGUGGAUGAGCGGUGGAGUGUGGAUGAGCGGUGGAGUGUGGAUGAGCGGUGGAGUGGGGAUGAGCGGUGGAGUGGGGAUGAGCGGUGGAGUGUGGAUGAGCGGUGGAGUGGGGAUGAGCGGUGGAGUGGGGAUGAGCGGUGGAGUGGGGAUGAGCGGUGGAGUGGGGAUGAGCGGUGGAGUGUGGAUGAGCGGUGGAGUGUGGAUGAGCGGUGGAGUGUGGAUGAGCGGUGGAGUGUGGAUGAGCGGUGGAGUGUGGAUGAGCGGUGGAGUGGGGAUGAGCGGUGGAGUGUGGAUGAGCGGUGGAGUGUGGAUGAGCGGUGGAGUGUGGAUGAGCGGUGGAGUGGGGAUGAGCGGUGGAGUGUGGAUGAGCGGUGGAGUGGGGAUGAGCGGUGGAGUGUGGAUGAGCGGUGGAGUGGGGAUGAGCGGUGGAGUGGGGAUGAGCGGUGGAGUGUGGAUGAGCGGUGGAGUGGGGAUGAGCGGUGGAGUGUGGAUGAGCGGUGGAGUGUGGAUGAGCGGUGGAGUGGGGAUGAGCGGUGGAGUGGGGAUGAGCGGUGGAGUGUGGAUGAGCGGUGGAGUGUGGAUGAGCGGUGGAGUGGGGAUGAGCGGUGGAGUGUGGAUGAGCGGUGGAGUGUGGAUGAGCGGUGGAGUGUGGAUGAGCGGUGGAGUGUGGAUGAGCGGUGGAGUGUGGAUGAGCGGUGGAGUGUGGAUGAGCGGUGGAGUGGGGAUGAGCGGUGGAGUGUGGAUGAGCGGUGGAGUGGGGAUGAGCGGUGGAGUGUGGAUGAGCGGUGGAGUGGGGAUGAGCGGUGGAGUGUGGAUGAGCGGUGGAGUGGGGAUGAGCGGUGGAGUGUGGAUGAGCGGAGGAGUGUGGAUGAGCGGUGGAGUGGGGAUGAGCGGUGGAGUGGGGAUGAGCGGUGGAGUGUGGAUGAGCGGUGGAGUGGGGAUGAGCGGUGGAGUGUGGAUGAGCGGUGGAGUGUGGAUGAGCGGUGGAGUGGGGAUGAGCGGUGGAGUGUGGAUGAGCGGUGGAGUGUGGAUGAGCGGUGGAGUGUGGAUGAGCGGUGGAGUGUGGAUGAGCGGUGGAGUGGGGAUGAGCGGUGGAGUGUGGAUGAGCGGUGGAGUGGGGAUGAGCGGUGGAGUGUGGAUGAGCGGUGGAGUGGGGAUGAGCGGUGGAGUGGGGAUGAGCGGUGGAGUGUGGAUGAGCGGUGGAGUGUGGAUGAGCGGUGGAGUGGGGAUGAGCGGUGGAGUGGGGAUGAGCGGUGGAGUGUGGAUGAGCGGUGGAGUGGGGAUGAGCGGUGGAGUGUGGAUGAGCGGUGGAGUGUGGAUGAGCGGUGGAGUGGGGAUGAGCGGUGGAGUGGGGAUGAGCGGUGGAGUGUGGAUGAGCGGUGGAGUGUGGAUGAGCGGUGGAGUGGGGAUGAGCGGUGGAGUGGGGAUGAGCGGUGGAGUGGGGAUGAGCGGUGGAGUGUGGAUGAGCGGUGGAGUGUGGAUGAGCGGUGGAGUGUGGAUGAGCGGUGGAGUGUGGAUGAGCGGUGGAGUGUGGAUGAGCGGUGGAGUGUGGAUGAGCGGUGGAGUGUGGAUGAGCGGUGGAGUGGGGAUGAGCGGUGGAGUGUGGAUGAGCGGUGGAGUGGGGAUGAGCGGUGGAGUGUGGAUGAGCGGUGGAGUGGGGAUGAGCGGUGGAGUGUGGAUGAGCGGUGGAGUGGGGAUGAGCGGUGGAGUGGGGAUGAGCGGUGGAGUGUGGAUGAGCGGAGGAGUGUGGAUGAGCGGUGGAGUGUGGAUGAGCGGUGGAGUGGGGAUGAGCGGUGGAGUGUGGAUGAGCGGUGGAGUGUGGAUGAGCGGUGGAGUGUGGAUGAGCGGUGGAGUGUGGAUGAGCGGUGGAGUGGGGAUGAGCGGUGGAGUGUGGAUGAGCGGUGGAGUGGGGAUGAGCGGUGGAGUGUGGAUGAGCGGUGGAGUGUGGAUGAGCGGUGGAGUGUGGAUGAGCGGAGGAGUGUGGAUGAGCGGUGGAGUGGGGAUGAGCGGUGGAGUGGGGAUGAGCGGUGGAGUGUGGAUGAGCGGUGGAGUGGGGAUGAGCGGUGGAGUGUGGAUGAGCGGUGGAGUGUGGAUGAGCGGUGGAGUGGGGAUGAGCGGUGGAGUGUGGAUGAGCGGUGGAGUGUGGAUGAGCGGUGGAGUGUGGAUGAGCGGUGGAGUGUGGAUGAGCGGUGGAGUGGGGAUGAGCGGUGGAGUGUGGAUGAGCGGUGGAGUGGGGAUGAGCGGUGGAGUGUGGAUGAGCGGUGGAGUGGGGAUGAGCGGUGGAGUGGGGAUGAGCGGUGGAGUGUGGAUGAGCGGUGGAGUGUGGAUGAGCGGUGGAGUGGGGAUGAGCGGUGGAGUGGGGAUGAGCGGUGGAGUGUGGAUGAGCGGUGGAGUGGGGAUGAGCGGUGGAGUGUGGAUGAGCGGUGGAGUGUGGAUGAGCGGUGGAGUGGGGAUGAGCGGUGGAGUGGGGAUGAGCGGUGGAGUGUGGAUGAGCGGUGGAGUGUGGAUGAGCGGUGGAGUGGGGAUGAGCGGUGGAGUGGGGAUGAGCGGUGGAGUGGGGAUGAGCGGUGGAGUGUGGAUGAGCGGUGGAGUGUGGAUGAGCGGUGGAGUGUGGAUGAGCGGUGGAGUGUGGAUGAGCGGUGGAGUGUGGAUGAGCGGUGGAGUGUGGAUGAGCGGUGGAGUGUGGAUGAGCGGUGGAGUGGGGAUGAGCGGUGGAGUGUGGAUGAGCGGUGGAGUGGGGAUGAGCGGUGGAGUGUGGAUGAGCGGUGGAGUGGGGAUGAGCGGUGGAGUGUGGAUGAGCGGUGGAGUGGGGAUGAGCGGUGGAGUGGGGAUGAGCGGUGGAGUGUGGAUGAGCGGAGGAGUGUGGAUGAGCGGUGGAGUGUGGAUGAGCGGUGGAGUGGGGAUGAGCGGUGGAGUGUGGAUGAGCGGUGGAGUGUGGAUGAGCGGUGGAGUGUGGAUGAGCGGUGGAGUGUGGAUGAGCGGUGGAGUGGGAUGAGCGGUGGAGUGUGGAUGAGCGGUGGAGUGGGGAUGAGCGGUGGAGUGUGGAUGAGCGGUGGAGUGUGGAUGAGCGGUGGAGUGGGGAUGAGCGGUGGAGUGGGGAUGAGCGGUGGAGUGUGGAUGAGCGGUGGAGUGUGGAUGAGCGGUGGAGUGGGGAUGAGCGGUGGAGUGGGGAUGAGCGGUGGAGUGUGGAUGAGCGGUGGAGUGUGGAUGAGCGGUGGAGUGUGGAUGAGCGGUGGAGUGUGGAUGAGCGGUGGAGUGGGGAUGAGCAGUGGAGUGGGGAUGAGCGGUGGAGUGUGGAUGAGCGGUGGAGUGGGGAUGAGCGGUGGAGUGUGGAUGAGCGGUGGAGUGGGGAUGAGCGGUGGAGUGUGGAUGAGCGGUGGAGUGUGGCAACAACACUUACUGAUCCCCCCUGCAGCCGCGUGUGCCGACGUUGACUGUGGGAGGAGUGCUUAUUGCUCUUUGAGGGAUGAUGGUUCCAAAAAGUGCCUUUGCUUCGAUGAUUCUCGCUUCGACGAUGCGACCAAGACGUGCAUUCACGACGCGUGCACGCCAGUGGUCUGUGCUCCGAAUGCAACCUGCGUUGUGCUCAGCAAUGGCAAUCCCGACUGCCAGUGCGGUGAUGGGUUCAUCCAAGACCCACUCAAGAAGACGUGCAGCCCCGGUGAGUGCAGCCCCGAGUCCAGCAAGACGUGCAUUGUUGACGUGUGUGCCGACACGGAUUGCGGGCUGAGAGCCAAGUGCAACGUCAUGGGUGACGGCUCUGCCGAAUGCCAGUGCGGGCCCGGAAGUAUCUUCCGUGAAUCCGACAAAGAGUGCAUCGCUGACGUGUGUAAUAACUCGCCGUGCGGUGCAAGUGCAAAGUGCAUCAGGACGGGUGAUUUCACUCGCCAGUGCCAGUGCAACAACGGUUUUGUCUUCCAAGAGGCUGACAAGACGUGCAUUCCUGCAAAAGACCCUUGCAAGGCAGGCAAAGUGAAGUGCGGCAAGAACUUCAAGUGCGUUGUGAAGAACGGCAAGGGCGCUUGCGAGUGUGGGGACGGCUACACCAAGAGGAACAACCAGUGCAUUG